GAGUCCGGGACUUGAACCACUUUUGACUACAUGGGAGUCCAGGGACAUAGCCAUUAAGCCAACUGUUGGCCCCAAGGGUGCCAAGUUUUAACCCCUGCUCUCCUGGGAGGGUAGGGCACCUCCAUAGGGUCUCCACGCUACUAUCCCCGCAGUCCUGGGCAGCUGGGACCAGUAUGCCCGGGGGAUCCCAGGAGGGGACCUUGGGACCUUGCCCCUCUGGGUCCAGCUGUGUUACUGCUGUGCCACCACCUUGCCCUCGACCUGCUGCUCUCCUUUGCGUGGGCUCGAGCACUUUGUCCGGCAGGUAGCAGGCGAACCCUCUGGGCUUGCUCGGCCCCAGCUCACGGCAGCUCCGCCAUGCCAGGCUCCAUACUGAGGACUGCUCCCCCGGGGCCCCCCGGGGUUACCUGUGAAGCCACCAGAGCCCCUGUCUCCCUAGGACUUGCGGUGGCCUCAGUCCUGCCACUCAGGGUCGGGCCCCGUUACUGCGGGACCCCGGGACUGGGCUUGGCCUCCAGGGACAGGAGUCCCAGCCUUAGCAGUCCCUGGGCCUCUCCCUUUUCCUGUUUUGCUGCUGGCUUGCCAGGCCCGGAGACAGGGCAUGAUGUCCUAAUCCUCCGGUGGGAGCCAUGAUGGAUUCCUGACUCCCACCUGCCAAGCCACCCUUCCUGGCACAUGCCACAGUGGGUCCUGAGCCCUGGCACGCUGCCUCCCUGGUGGGGCGCUCCACUGGGAGGCCCACGAAGCCCCUGGCCUCUCCUUCCAGACAGCAGGUGGGGUGGGGACCUUGGUUGCCUGUCGUGGCCUCAGCUCUGGCGGCUGGUGCGACACUCGUAAAUCAGGGGGCGUCAGGGGCGUCGGAAACGGGUCUGGAAUGCUGGGGUGUGGUGAGGGGAGCCCUUAACUCUAGGAGGACGGGGGCAGAAGGGGUUGGAUGCCUGGACCUGAGGACACAGGGGCCUUUGGCUGGCAGUGAAGAGGUUAUCUCCCCGGCCCAGGCAGGAUAAAUUCAGGGCUUGGGGCUCCCCCACCCCAGGAACCUUCGCGCCACCAUGACCACAGGGGGAGUCCUGGUCGGCGCCCUGCUGCUCCUGUCCCUGCAGCUGGGCCUGGGCCCUGAUGCUCAGGGGGCCCCGGUGGCACACGGAGAGUUCUUGGGACAGGCCGAGGAGGCCGGGGCACCCUGGNNNNGCACCCACCGCUCCCGCCUGCGCCGAGCCCUGGCCGGCCCCUGCCAGCUGCGGAGCCUGACCCUGCCGGUGGCCGAGCUGGGCCUGGGCUACGUCUCGGAGGAGAAGGUCAUCUUCCAGUACUGCGCAGGCAGCUGUCCCCGCGGCGCCCGCACCCAGCAUGGCCUGGCGCUGGCUCGGCUGCGGGGCCGGGGCCGAGCACACGGCGGGCCCUGCUGCCAGCCCACCCGCUACACUGACGUGGCCUUCCUCGACGACCGCCACCGCUGGCAGCGGUAACCCCCCGCCCCGCGGGCGGCCUUACCCCAGCUCUCGGCGGCUGCCUGCGGCUGUGGCGGCUGAGCACCACCCUGCGCCCCGGCCUGCGUGGAGGAGCAGCCCUGCUGCUCCAGGAGCUCGGCGGACUUACUGACUGGGAGCCUGGAUGCAGAGAUGAUGGGGGUGGGCCGGGACGGCCAUCCUUGGGCAUAAUAAAGGACACUGUUCUGGCCUUGGGACUGCAUAUCUAUCCCACAUCUGCCUUGUCUGCCCUGGGGCAGGUGCCACCCGGGCU